GCUGAGUGAGUUGAUUCUUCAACUUCUGACUCGCGUCCUUCGUCAAAACAAAACCAAGGACAAUGAGCGCUCGGAACCGUCUUUACGGCUGCUUUUUCUCCGCUGUUCAAUAUGUAAUUUUCACUUUUUGAAGCAUAUUGUGCUGCCGACAAACUACGUGGAACACCACAAAAGAUGGAAGUGCUCGGUUGUAUUUUAACAGGAGCCGUUUUAAAACGUUAAAUUGAUUUUAAAUUACAUUUAAUUUUAUGUAAUUUAAUAAUCACCGUCUUUCACUGGAAAAAAUGAAGUGUUUAAGUCAAAGGCGGAGACGCACAUCUCCCAUGCAGAGCAGCAGCAAUGAGCUGUUCCCCUCCAAAUCUGCCAGGAGGAACGGAUGGUCGUGGCCCCCUCAUAUCCUGCAAGUGGUAGGCUGGCUGGUGAUCGGCUACCUCGCCAUCGUCAGCUUUGGCAUCUAUAUCCCUCUUCUGCCUCUGCCGUGGAACUAUAUCCUCUAUUCUGUGACAGGCACAGCAUUUAUUGUGCACAUUUUCGCCCAUUUUGCUGCAGUUACUAUAGACCCAGCAGAUGCUAGUGUCAGGGUCAAACAGAGCUACUCCAGUCCAGUGCCAAGUUUUGAUCGGACAAAGCAGCCACAUGUCAUCCAGGACCUACACUGUUAUCUAUGUGAUGUCAAUGUUGGUCCAAAGGUAAAACACUGUAUUGCUUGCAACAAAUGUGUGGAAGACUUUGAUCACCACUGCAAAUGGCUCAACACCUGCGUGGGUGGAAGAAACUACUGGUUCUUCUUCAUGGCCCUGUCCUCCGCUAUUGUGGGCGUCUUACUGCUUGUUCUUGUCAUAUUGUUCGUCUUUAUUCAGCAUUACCUGGACCCAAACAUUCUACGCACUGCUCCACAGUUCGAUCGUAUCCUGGGUAAUGGGACUUGGCUGGUGUUCAUACCAUUAGCACCCAUAGAGACUAGUUCAGCUGCUCUCCUUAUACUGGCCUUCCUCACAGUGAUGCUGAGCAUUGUCUGCCUGAUGUUGCUCUGUCAACUGCUGGGAUUUCACCUUUACCUAUUUUACAAAGGGAUCAGUACGUACGAUUAUAUAAAGGUGCAACACCGAAAAGAAGCUAAAAAACAACUUGAAACCCAAGAUGCUGAAACAGAUAAACCUCACGAUGCCAAUGCCCAUAACAAGGACACACAGACUGAAGACAGCUCAAUUGAUUGUGAGCCAGCUUUAUCACAAAAUUCAAGUACCUGCAGACUUGAUAAUAACAGCCGACUCGGAAGCUGGCUUUCAGGGUCCAUAUGUACAGAGUUGGAAAACAUCAAGAAAUCAGCAGACAAGGAUACUGGCUUACAGUAUGGUACAGAACAUCCCACAGAGAACACAGGAGAGGAGAACAGAAACUGGAAGCCUGAUGCUGAAGAAGAGGCUCAGAGUCCCAGUGUGAGGUCUGCUGACGGUGUUCCUGAGAUACAGGAUCCCCUUGGCAGCUGUGUCAUUUCAAAUGAUUUAUCAAGAACUGAUGCAUCCUGAACCUGAGCCGCAUGGAGAUUGUGAUUUGUCUGUGUGUGUGUGUGUGUGUCUGUGUGUUGUAUGCAGCCCGAAUAACUGGGCCUGUUAUUAUAUAUUGUGUUUUUAUGACAGCGGAACUAUUUAAAUCAUUGUUUUAUCUCACUGACUUCCACAGAGAGCUGAUGUCUUUCCCCACGUGGUUCAUUUGUUUAUUGGAGAAUGCUGAGGCUUUGAGGUUAGCCUCGGUCGGGCAGACACAGUACCUGUAUUUUGGUAUCUUCCUGAAAAGCUGAAACAAGAUCCCGACUGAAAUCUCUUGUAUCUUUGUCGUUUUUACAAACUGUUGUUUCCACAAAGCUGUUAGUGUUUAGAGUCUGUUUUACAUUUAAAAUUAAACAAUGUAAAUACACACAA